GAAUUUUUAUAAACGGUGAAACAUGGCGUAAAUUAAAACGUCAAACCAGUUAUCAAAUAUCAAUUGAAAUUUAUUUUAUUCAUUAUUGUUCUUAAAAAACAUUUAUUUCGUGCUUAAUCGUUUAUUCUAUGAGUUAUGGCAUCAGCAACGGUUCUUCGUGUAAAACGAAGACUUGAUGAUAUCCCACAAGAUGCUUUAGUUCUUCUUUGUAAGCGUAGAAAAACAAAUGAAGAGGAAAUCUCUCCGUCUCUCUUCGUUUUCAGGGGAAGUGUUAAAAAUCAGGAAGCAGCAGAUGUUAAGGACAUAGUGCCAAAAACUGAUUUUAAACUAAAACCAAAGACUGACGUAGAUGAAAUAAUAAAAAAGAUUCGUCAGGAACGAAAAGAAGCUUCUGUAGAGAAUCGCUAUGAAGUAGUGAAUUGCAGUAGAGGGUUAGAGGAAGACUCCAUAAAUUUGGUAGAUUUACAUCAGCCCAACUUACUAUGUGACACUUCAAAAUACAUAUAUGAUUUAUAUACAUCAGUGAAGAAGGACUUUGACAUAUCAAUGUUAGAUAAUUUAGUUAGUAUAGAGAACUAUGAAACAGAUUUGAUCCUGGAUACUUAUAAGGACAAUGGUUUAUCCUCAUCAGAUGCUGAUGAUGAUGAUGACUCUAAUGAUGAAAAUAACUGGCGUAAUGACUAUCCUGACUCUGAACCUAGCAGUUUUGAUGAAGACGACAUGGUUGCUGCUAUGAAAAGAUGUGAUUUAGAUAAUCUAUCCACAGAUGAAGAAGAACAAAUAUACACAGAUCUACCAGAUUUAUUAAAUGAUGAUGUUAAAAAGUAUGGAGCUGCGUACGCCAAAUAUAAAGCAAAAGUGCUUGCUGAAGAGAACACUAUCAUUGACAGUAAAAACCUCAUUCAUUCAACUAAAAUUAAGGAUUUGGAUGAGGAAUCAAUAGAUUGUUAUAAGGAAGAGAGUGAUGAUGGGUUUUACUACGGCCAGGAGGAAGAUUCUAAACAGUUUUGUGAACAAUAUCCAGAUCAAGUUUAUAAUCCAGAUUGAUAGAAAGGUUUUCGUUUUGAUAUUUAUUUAAAAUCUAUCUGUGUAACUGUUUACUUUUAAUCGGUUUUAAAUAAAUAUAUUCCCAAUA